AUGUCGCCGCUGCAGCCUGUUGCCCUCUUCGGGCUCGAGGUCCCUCCCGGCGAGGUUAUGAUCCCCGUCCAGCAGGAUUUCCCUGCCACUAUCCGCAUCACCAUGGCGGCCAUCGACCCCACUGAGGAGGUCGAGGAGGACUCCGAGGUCCCUCGUCUUCCCCGUUCUACCCUUAAGCUCAUCAAGCAGCGCAUUGGCGACAUUGACGAGGACGAGGAUGAGGACGACGAGUACCUUCGCGACCUGCUCCUCGGCGCCGAGGACGACGAUGAUUCUGACGAGGAGGAGGAGUCCGACGAGGAGGCAAAUGGCGGCCCCAGCGACCCCUCCAAGUCCAAGAAGGCCCGUCGUGCCGCGGCCCUCAAGAAGCUGAUGGAGGCCACUCAGGAUGAGGACUCCGAUGAGGAGAUGGACGAUGAUGAGAAGCCCAAGGCCAAUGGCGUCAAGGCUGGCAAGGGCAAGGAGAAGGCCCUCGAGGAGGAGGAUGACGAUGAGGAGGAGGACUCUGAGGAGUACUCUGAUGACGAGGAUGACCUGCCCCUCGACAACCUCGAGCAGUUCGUCGUCUGCACUCUGGAUACCGAGCGAAACUUCCAGCAGCCUCUUGAGGUUACCAUCAACGAGGGCGAGCACGCCUUCUUCAUUGUCUCUGGCACUCACACUAUUCACCUCACUGGUAACUACGUCAUUGACGAGGAUGCCGCCUCUGAUAGCGAGGAGGACAGCGACGACGAGGACUACGAUUUGCCGCCCGAGCUUGAGGAUCUCGUUGGUGAUGAGUCCGAGUCCGAGGAUGAGCUCGAUGACAUUGACGAGAUUUCCCGCGUGAAGGAGAUUGACACUGACGAGGAGGAGGCUCCCAAGCUAGUGGAGGCCAAGAAGGGCAAGAACAAGCGCAAGGCUUCAGAGGAUGCUGAUGGUCUCGACGAGCUCAUCGCCAAGGAGUCCAAGACUGAGGAGCCCAAGUUGAGCAAGAAGCAAGCCAAGAAGCUCAAGAACAACGAGGGCAAGCCUGUCGAGGUCGAGAAGGAGGCUGCUAAGGACACCCCUACCAAGGCAGACAAGAAGGUACAAUUUGCAAAGAAUCUAGAGCAAGGUCCCACUGGCUCGGCUGCUGAGAAAGCUAAGCAGGGCGACAAGAAGGCUGGCCUAGGUGUCAAGGUCGUUCAAGGCGUGACCGUUGACGACCGAAAGCUCGGCAGCGGCCGCACUGUCAAGUCCGGUGACCGCGUCGGUAUGCGCUACAUUGGCAAGCUCGAGAACGGCAAGGUUUUCGACUCGAACAAGAAGGGUGCCCCGUUCAGCUUCCGAAUUGGAAAGGGUGAGGUUAUCAAGGGUUGGGAUAUCGGCAUUGCUGGUAUGUCUGUUGGUGGUGAACGACGAUUGACCAUCCCGGCACACCUCGCCUACGGCAGCAAGGGUGUCCCCGGCAUCCCGGCGAACAGCACCCUCAUCUUCGACGUCAAGCUUCUGGAGAUCAAAUAA